AUAAGUAGGGAUUUGCAUUGCCCUACCUAUAUAUGGGGGUUUCGUCCAACAUAAAACGAAUCUCGACCCAAAAAAAUUAUCUUAAAAAAGGAAUAACCAAAGAAGUCUCAAGAAUGGCGAUUGAAGCAAUAUUUGGCAUUCCCUUUAUCGUCCUCUUCUUCUCUAGUUCUCAAGCAACAACAUUCACCAUCACAAACAAUUGCCCUUACACUAUAUGGCCGGCAAACUUGGCAGGCAGUGGCCCUCAAUUGUCUUCGACUGGCUUCGAAUUAGGCUCCAAAGCAUCAUUAACCCUAACUGCCUUGCCACCAUGGAGCGGCCGGUUCUGGGCUCGUACCGGUUGCACUACAGACGCUUCCGGCAAGUUCAACUGUGCCACGGCAAACUGUGGCACCGGCCAAGUCCAAUGUAACGGUGUUGCCGGAAGUCCACCUACCUCUCUUGUAGAGUUCUCUAUAGCACCAAACAAUGGAAGGGAUUUUUAUGAUGUUAGUCUUGUUGAUGGCUUUAACUUGCCCAUUUCGGUGACCCCACAAGGCUUGGUGCCGGUGAUCUCUCCACGUGGUGGCUCCGGUGAUACAUGCAUUCCUGCUAGCUGUGCAAGAAAUAUGAACUCCGAUUGCCCUAAUGACUUAGCUGUUAAAGGGCCGGAUGGAAAUUCUGUGAUUGGUUGCAAAAGUGCACGUGUAGCAUUUAAUCGCCCAGAAUAUUGUUGCACAGAAAACUUUAAUACGUCAACUACUUGCAAACCCACGAAUUAUUCAAUGUUUUUCAAGAAUGGGUGCCCUCAAGCUUAUAGCUAUGCUUGUGAUGAUUUGACAAGCACAUUUUCUUGCAUUGGUGGAGCUAAUUAUGAUAUCACUUUCUGUCCAUGA